UCACCUUAGGCUCAGUGAUGGAGAAAGCAAUCGUCAUAGCACUACUGCUGGCAGUUGCAUCUUGCAGAACUCUAGUCAUUCUUGAAAAUGUCCUGACAAAAGAAUCACAUUCCUCAUUCCUUGCUGAUUUGGGAACUAAAGACGCAGACAUUGUGUACAAAUAUGCUACUGACAGUUCCUUGACCAUUAAGAAGUACGGAGAGUCUCUCUACAAUAAUAUUGUUAUUUUGGCUCCCUCUGUUGCUAGUUUUGGUAAUGGUGUGGCUGCCAACGAUUUCCUCACUUUCCUGGAUGACGGAGGUAACAUAGUGAUGAGUGCUAGCUCUGAUAUCGGUGACCCAAUCAAGGAAAUUGCAGCAGAAGUUGGCAUUGAGAUAGAUGAUGAAGGAACCUCUGUUAUAGACCACAUGAACUACGAUGUGUCUGAUGUUGGUGAUCACGACCUCAUUGUUGCUGACAGUUUCAUCUCCACUUCUGUUAUUGUUGGAGAAUCCCCAAAACCAGUUCUAUUUAAAGGUGUUGGCAUGGCAGCGGACUCAGACAACCUCCUAGUGAUUGAUAUUCUGAGAGCGUCUCCUACUGCAUACUCUCACGCUGCUAACCAGGACAUUCUGGAGUACCCCCUUGCUAUUGGAUCUAGUCUUCUAUUGGUUGCAGGCAUGCAGGCACGCAACAAUGCUAGGAUUGUCAUAUUUGGCUCUCACGACAUGCUUAGUGAUAAGUUUUACAAUGCUGAUGUAAAGGCUCAGGGAGCUGAAGGAGGGGUAGAGGCUGCUGGGAACCAGGAGUUUGCCUCAAAUGUUGUUGAUUGGGCCCUCAGACGGAACGGUGAUCUCAGAUUCAGCAAUGUCAAGCACAACAAGAUUGGAGAAGCACCGUCUGAUGCAGCUUACAGGAUUACGGAUGAAGUAGAGUACUCCAUUCUUAUCGAGGAGAUGAGGAAUGGCAACUGGGAGGCUUUCAAGGGUUCCGAUGUUCAGCUUGACUUUCAGAGAAUCGAUCCUUUUGUCAGAACUUUCCUUGUGCCAGAUGCUGAGGGAGUUUUCAAGGUUGAAUUUAAAGUACCUGAUGUGUACGGAGUGUAUCAGUUCAAGGUGGACUAUGACAGGAUAGGAUUUACUCAUCUUUACAGUACCACCCAGGUAUCAGUGCGCCCAUUCCAUCACACUGAGUACGAGCGCUUCAUCCCCUCCGCGUACCCUUACUACGCCAGCGCAUUCUCUAUGAUGGGUGGCCUCUUCAUCUUCAGCUUCGUAUUCCUCUACCACAAGGAUGCACCUAAAGCUGACGCAAUCAAGAAGACUGAAUAGACUUAGUCUUUGCCAUAAAUGUGGUAAUGAAUGUGGCUGAAAUGUUUUAUGAAUAUGCUCAUUCAUAUUUCAUGGAUAUAAUAUACCGCUUGUUUACAUAUGAAUUUUCCAUCCUACAAUUUGCAUAUUUUAUUUUGGAUUUUCCUUUAUUUUGGAUAAUUAUAUCAUUUCAAACAUGCGAGUCCUGGUGUUUUUAUUAACUAGUUGUGUUUGUUACAUAGGAUAUUCGGUCUUUGAUUUUUGUUA